CUCCCCGCACUUCUUCCUGAUUGAUGACCAUUACCAGCCUCGUCAGCACUUCUCCACUCUGUCCUCGACGGUGACGUGCUGAUGUCGUCCUCUUCUGGCUUAUCAGCGCUGCAGCGUCGGCAGAUCGCUGAACUCCAGCUGCUGCGGUCCUCUGUCUCGCCAGAGGAGUUCCACUGGAGAGGCACGAGCCAGGAGAUCGAUCAGUGGGACCAGGCCUUGGCCUCCAGCAGUGAUGGCGAUGUCGAAGAUGGCGGUACAGGCGACGAAGAUGGCUCGGCGUCUUCUACCUCGAUACCUCCCUUUUCUGCUGCCAUCAGUCUGAGAGACGAGCAGCCUGCGCUAUGGCUCGACAUCGAUUUGCCUACAUCACGGCAGCACGACACUCAAGUCGCCGUGCGGGUGCAGGAGGAGGAUCGCAGCAGAGUAAAGGACUUUCAGCUGUCCAGGCUCAGAGACGAGAUGGCGAGGAAACAGAUAGAGUCAAAGGAAGAAGAAUAUCCACUCUUCGACCUCUACACCUCACUGCAGGAUCACCUCCUCUCCAAUCCCCUCGACUACCUACCUAAGCCAGAAGAUAAGGACAAGUCGACCGCUCCCGCCUCUUCGGAGUCUCAAGACUCCGCACCACCUCCACCCUCCCCCGUCACCCUCUCGCGCCUGAUCAUCUGGUCACACCAUCUCCUCUCCCAAAUCAAGCGCCGUCAACUCUCCUCGUGGUGCACUUCCCUCUCCGUCUGGGGUCUUCUCAAGACUGGCUAUCCCGGCUACCUGUGCUUUGAGGGUCUACAGGAAGACGUCAAGGAGAUCGAGACGAACAUAAAGGGGAUGCAGUGGGCUGCGAUCCUCGUUAGGGAUGAGGAGAGCUGGGUCUACCAGGGAGAGGGGGGAGAGGAAGGAGCGCUGCUCGCUUGUCCGCUCGCAAAGCAAUUCACUGGCUACCAGGCAGCUGUCCAGGCCAAGGGCAAAGGCGAAAAGGUCAGGACUACGUGCGAGGAGAUUGAGACGAUGAAGGAGAUUGUAGACAGAUUACGAUCGGCUGGUCUUCCAGAAGACGAAGUCGUAGAUGCACUAGGGCUACGGACGAAGCAGCACUAGGAGGCAGGAGAUUCACAAAACCACUACCUCGUCUUGC